ACACACACGGGUGCCCACACACACGGGUGCCCACACACACGGGUGCCCACACACACGGGUGCCCACACACACGCACACGGGUGCCAGGCUAGGUUGACCGGGACGCCUGCGAACGACACUGGCGACGUCAUUGCUCAUGCAGUCCGCGCUUCCACUGCGGGAAGGCGCCGUCAGGGGUCUGUGAGGAGGAGGAGGAGCAGCAGCAGCAGCAGGAGGAGUAAGGAUGGGGAGUCAGUGGGCAGGCUAUGCUUGGCUGUAACCCCCCCCACCCCAGCGUGCUAUUGUCGUGACCCCUUCGCUCGCUUUCUCGAAGCCAUUGGUGCUGUCGCUAAGGGGGGUUGGAGUAGUCGCAGGGGGUCCCCCCACCCCGGGGUCGCUCAGCCACCGCAGAUCGGGGUCCGGACCCCCUUGAGCUGACUCGGGGGUGGUUGACCAGCGAGACGUGAGAGGCGUGCGUCUCUUGGCCGGGUUACUGCAGCAUCAGCGGUGACUUCAUCACCAUCAGCAGCAGAAGCAGCAGCAGGAUCUACAGCAGCAGCUACACAAUCAACACAUCGUCGUCAUCAACAGCAGCUACAAGCAAGGGAUUUUAGCAGCAUCAGCAGCAGGUAACACUGCUUCCACAGGAGCGUACAGAAGCAGAAACGGCGUCAUCAUCGGUAGCAGCAACAGCAGGGACUACAACAGGAACAGCAGCUGUAGAAGCAGCAACAGCAGGGACUACAACAGGAACAGCAGCUGUAGAAGCAGCAACAGCAGGGACUACAACAGGAACAGCAGCUGUAGAAGCAGCAACAGCAGGGACUACAACAGGAACAGCAGCUGUAGAAGCAGCAACAGCAGGGACUACAACAGGAACAGCAGCUGUAGAAGCAGCAACAGCAGGCAAAACGGCUUCUGCAGCAGCAGCAGCAGUAGCAACACACGCGGCCGCUGCAUCAGUGACAGAUGUAGCAGGCGCAUCACGUAAAACCAGCCAGAGCCGUAGCUACUUCUUCAUCAUCAUUUGCAGCAGCUAAACAACAUCAGCAGCAUCAUCAGCAGCAGCUACAGCAGCAGCAGCAUCAUCAGUGGAGCGGAGCUAGCUGCUUGCAGCUUCGUGCCGCAGCGCCGACUCGCUCAUCACGAGUGUCCGCCUCGCCACUGACGACGUCCGUGUAAGGUCCCGUGGGGUCGAGCGCGAGUCUCCACACGCACGCGGAGCGGGUAUGAUCGCGGUCCCGGCUCCACUUGAGGGCAGCUCCUCUUCCGCCCGGGGAUGUAGCCGCAGCGCGACCGUCGAGAUCACCGCGGCCAUCAUCGCACCAUCGCCGCCCCUCGCGCAGCCGUUCCAGAGCCCGAGGCGACCGCGCUGAAGCCGAGGAGCCGAUCGGCCCUCUGCCGACCGACCCAAUCCCCGACCUUCUGAGGUCGCCCACCAGCCGUGGCUCGAACCAAAGUCACACCUCGAUCUCCUCCUCCUCCUCCUCCUCCUCGCUCUCCGCCACCUCGUCCCUCUCGGGCGGAGGCCCCCGGCGAGGGGUCGCACGCCAUGGCGCACCUCCAGGCGGGCCUGAGGCCCGAGACGCUGGAGAAGGCGCGACUGGAGCUCAACGAGACCCCCGAGAGCGUCCACCAGGCCAUCCAGGAGGUGCGGGACCUCAUCAUCACGAGGCCCGACGUGGGCUUCCUGCGCACGGACGACGCGUUCAUCCUGCGCUUUCUGCGGGCGCGCAAGUCGCAGCCGGCGGCCGCGUUCCGCCUGCUCGCGCAGUACUUCGAGUUCCGGCAGCAGAACUUGGAGAUGUUCAAGAACUUCAAGGCGACAGACCACGGCAUCAAGCAGGCGCUCCGCGACGGCUUUCCCGGCGUUCUCGCCGAGCCCGAUCACUACGGCCGCAAGGUCCUGGUGCUGUUCGCGGCCAACUGGGACCAGAGCAGGUACACGUUUGUGGACAUCCUGCGCGCCAUCCUGCUGUCCCUGGAGACGAUGAUCGAGGACGCCGAGUGCCAGGUCAACGGCUUCGUGCUCAUCAUCGACUGGAGCAACUUCUCCUUCAAGCAGGCCUCCAAGCUGAGCCCCAGCAUGCUGCGGCUGGCCAUCGAGGGCCUGCAGGACAGCUUCCCCGCGCGGUUCGGCGGCGUGCACUUUGUGAACCAGCCGUGGUACAUCCACGCCCUCUACACCAUGAUCCGCCCGUUCCUCAAGGACAAGACCAGGAAGCGGAUAUUCCUCCACGGCAACAACCUGACGAGCCUGCACCAGCUGCUGCACCCCGAGAUGCUCCCCUCGGAGUUCGGGGGGCUGCUGCCCCCCUACGACAUGGGCACGUGGGCGCGCACGCUGCUGGGCCCCGACUACGACGACGACACGGAGGGGCGGCACGGCGGCGGGGGUGGCGGCUUCUUCGACGGGAGGCGCGCCUCCGAGAGGAUGGGGGGCCCCGUGACGGGGGCGCUAGGAGAUGGCGAGGGGGGCCUCGAUGGGUCCCCCCGCAACAACAUCCGCAGAUCGCAGUCGGCCGUGGAGCCGGGCGUGCUGAAGCGCAGCGCCGACGGCGAGGAGGAGAACAUGCAGCCGCUGCUGUCGCUCGACUAGACGUCGCGCCACGCCGCAGCAUUGCCGCCGCCGCCGCCGCCGCCAGCACGGAGCGGGUGCUUCAGCGUCUCCGAACUCGCGGGGCCUCGCGCCGAGACUUGCGGCACUGCCACCCCACGGCACGCCGCGUGACGCGUCCGUGCCACACCGCUCCACACCCCGCCAGAACCGCACCCUCGCCACGCUGCUACGCUGGAUCACAGGCGGGGGGGGGGGGGGGGGGGCUUCAUUUAUCACCGAAUAUUUGUGUUACCGGGUCGCCUGUUGCCCGGAAUAGGCGGCGGCGCCGUGACGCACGGUAGCCGCGGCCGUAGGACGAUGGGUUACGCCGGGCAGGGGAGCCGUCACCCACCGGAGGCAGCUCCGACACCGCGGGGCAACGUGGCGGCGCCACGUCAACCACUCGGAGCACGGCCCCAGCUCAGACUCCGGUUUCGAUCGCGAUCAGGAAUUCUCCUCAGGUUUGCCGGGUCUGUCCGCCGCGUCCGUCCGUCCGUUCGUCCAGAACACUGUCUGUGUAAACGACCUAUUUGAGAACACGGCCGUUGGGAGUUACUGUCACCAAGUUAUUAUUUUUUAAGGUAAAUUCACAUUGGCUUUGGUUUUUGGGAUUCGACGUGCUCACGAGUGACGUUGGCGCGGUUUUGUGCUGUUCUGCCGGUCAAGCUGAUUACGGAAGAAAUGUUUACUCCGUGGUGUUACCAACAGCAAACAUGAUCUGGCCCAGGGGUUCCGCGGGAGGCGUAACAGUGCAUUUAUUCAUCAAUUGAUAUCCUUGGCUCACGAUAUCAUCAAUAAAAAGCGAUUCUCAUUUUCAUCGCGAUUGAGCUAUCACACUCAUGUAAUGAGAUGAAGUAUCCAUUCAGAUUUCUCGUAGGGCAGUGCAAGAGAAAAGCCCACGGAAGCGGACAUCAGAGCUUCCACUCUGAAUAUGACAGUAAUUUUCUUUGCAUAACAGUCAAAGCAAUCGUUUUAGUGUUCAGUGUUUGAAUGUAGCCAAAUUCAAUGUAGACUCAAAUUAAAAGUUUUGUGCAGUCAUUGGUGACCGAGCUGAGAAUAUCAACUCACUAAUCUGAGAAUCCGCUUUUAUCACGGGUGGCUGAAAUCUGGAUUUGAACCCAGGUCCUCAGCAGUGCGGGCUCAGCUCUCCGACCUCUUGAGGCCAGUCAGCCACCUCGAUUUACAAUAAUUCUUACGCUCACGAUAUGUGGACGGAAUCGCACGAGAGUUCACUAUUUUCCAAUUGGUACACGUGGUAUGUAAUGGGUUCAUGCGACCUCUGCAGUUAAUAAGCGUCCGCCACAACCACCGCAAUACAUAAAAAAGAUGACCUAAUGGUGACGCGCCAUGGAAUCGGCAUUUAGACGGUGAAUCGUUACGCCUCUCAUUUUCAGGAUGUUCCCUGGAUUUUAAAAAAAUGUAAAAAAAAUGUGAAUUGUCCUAACAUCCCAGUGCUCUCUUGGGUAAAACAAAAGAAUGAGAUCGUCGCAAUGCACUCGAUGUGACCACGUCAACACAAGUGUUGCCAGAAGACGUAGGCCCGGUUACUCUGACCCAGCUGUUCCGGUUCAAAUUGAACAACACAUUCAGGUUGUAGACAGUGGCGAUAAGUGUAGUCUCAAACACCAGGUGAUCCUGCAGAGGUGCAGCCCUGCAAUUGCUUGCUCACAUCACUGCUGGUGGAUGGGUCUCCACUCGAGGGAGCUCUAUAUUCGCCCUCGUUCUAGAUCACAUAUCUUACGCUGCACAUCAAUUCAGCGUCACGGCCGCUAUUUAUUUCAUUAAAAAGUCAUUUUUUUACGCGUCGUAAAAAUUGCGACGGUGACUCGGAACGCCCGGCACGCCCUCCGAGUUUUGCUUCUUUUGCCACGCCACUGUACUUCACGAGCCACGAAGCCAGAGAACGUCCUUGAAAACAAAUGUUUAGAUGUUCAUUUUUGUCAAUCGCACGAGGGCAAACCGAACCACUUGUUACGCGAUGGCCGCAUGCAAUCUCUUCCGUCAGCUCAGCCAAUUAACCAAUUAAUUUAUUAUCAGAAUUGAGCGCGAGGGGGGGGGAGAGUCAGGGCAUAAUUCAGCGUGGGGAGAUUCAGCGUCGAUCGGAUGAGGUCGAGCAGACCGAACAGAUCAACGGCCCCAAGGCCCUAUUAUGACUCACAGCGAGCGGGCGAACGUUCACGACUGAACGAAUGGUGCCAAAAAAAACGCCACCAAAAUCAGUUUCUGCUUUUGACUAUAAGUUCCCUGACUUUUGACAACCGCCGGGUCACCUAAAAGCAGAGCUGCCCAGAGUGGUGAAGGGGAAAAAAGGGAGGGGGGGUGGAGGGGGGGCAAUUUGCCCCCAGGCCUCCCUCAAAAAGAGGGCCCCACAGCGGGCCUGCUUUAGUCGCUAAUGAACAAUGAGUCACCACGUGGUAUUAUUCUGCCCCCGGGCCUCCAACCCCAGGCUCCAACCCGGGGCGGCCCUGCCUAAAAGAGCUAAGUUUACAGAGAGAAAUAAGCGUCGCUUUUCAGCAGACUCCCGUUGCGUACAGAUAUAUAUUUAAAAUAAUAAAAACAGUGUUCAUUUAUAAUGCAGGAAUAACACAAAUG